AUGACCCCAGACACUGCAGCAACCACAGCAGUAGCAACCGCAGCAGCAGCGGGACUGCUGGAGCAGGUGGAGUCUACUGCAACAACAGCAGCAGCAGUACCGUUCGGAAGCCUUGAGCCCGUAGGGGACCUGCAUCUGGAACCUCAGCGUUCUUUGCAGCAGCAGCAGCAGCAGGAGCUACAACAGCAACGAUUACAGCAGCAGCAGCAGCAGCAGAAAUAUAGGGGUCGAUUAGUUUGUAUAGAGUGUGGGUGGUUCCUGCUGCACUCCCCCCAGCAUAGACACCAGCAGCAGCAGCCGCAGCAGCAACCGCAGCAGCCGCAGCAGCAACCGCCGCAGCAGCAGCAACCACAGCAGCAGCAGCAGUACAGUCAACCGGAGGAAACAGAUCCAGACUGCUUCAGCGACACCAGCAACAGCAGAUCUGCAGAUGGUGUGCAGCAGCAACGGGAUGGUGCAUCUGCUGCUGCUGUUGCUGCAGAGCUGCAGCAGCAGCAGCAGCGGCAGCCGCAGAAGCGGAGUAACUGCAGCAGAAGACGGAGUCUCUUCCGGCGGCCGUCAGUGUUAGCGCUGCUUGCAUGCGGUUUUGCUGCUGUCUUCUCUCCUCAUAGAAAAUACUGCAACAGCAGCAGCAGCAGCAGCAACAGCAGCAGCAGCAGCCGUCUUAUGCAUGGCUGUCACCUUGCAGCAGAUAGCAGCCCGCUGCUGCUGUCGGAGCACCUCCCCAAUAUAGAAGCAGCAGCAGCAGCAGAUCCUGCAGCAGCUGCAGCACCAGCAGCAGCACGUGAAUGUGGUGCGUCUAGCUGCUCGUAUAGUGAGGAGAGUUCUUCUAUAAACAGCAGCAGCAGCAGCAGCAGCAGCAACAGCAGGUCCUGCAGCAGGAGCAGAUCCUGCAGCAGCAGCAACAACAGAAGCAGCAACGGGAAGAAGUGCAAAAGGUCUUCUUCCUCAAAGCGUGGUCCAUCCACCCUUCAGCAGCAGCAACAGCAGCAGCAGCAGCAGCAGCGGCAGCAAGAGUUCCAUUCAGUGCAGCACAUGCGUACAUCGUCUGCUGCAGCAAUAGAGCAGCAGCUGCUCGUGCUGCUGUCUUCUGCUGCUGAGCUAUUUGCCUUCUUAGCUACUGCUGUCCUUCUUACUUGGUUAUAUUUUAUAUGGAGAAAGAAGACAAUGCCCUCUGCUGCUGCUGCUCCCGCUGCUCCCGCUGCUGCUGAGUCUCCUGCUGCUGCUGCUCCCCCUCCUCCUGCUGCUGCUCCUCCUGCCGAUGCUGAUGCUGCUUCUGGCGCUGGUGGAAACACCGCAGCAACAGCAGCAACAGCAGCAAGGGCAGCAACAGCAGCACCAACAACAGAACUAACAUCAGCAGGACAAGCAGAAACAGCAGAAACAGCAGCAGCACAGCAGUCACCAGCAGCAGCAGCAGCACAACCAGCAUCAGCAUCAGCAGCAGCAGCAGCAGGAGAGGAAUUCGAGCUAGGUGUACUACUAACAGCAUUAGGUCUAUCUUUAUAUAGUGCUAUACCGGCUGCUGCUGCUGCUGCUGCAGCAGCAGCAGCAGCAGGAGAAACACAACUAGAUAAGAUACUUAGGCUUCUUAUCUAA